UCGGGUUCGUUCUACAAAUUGUAGGCAGUGAAACGUGUGUGAGAAAGUGAAAGUAGAACUGCAAGAAUGAUGCUGCUUGCUGUAGUCAUAUUGGCACUGUUUCCAUCAUUUAAUUCAAAUGUGAUUGAUCCCAAGGGUUAUGUUGUGUAUUGUCCAUGUAUGGGAAGAUUUGGAAACCAGGCUGACCACUUUCUUGGAUCCCUGGCAUUUGCUAAAGAUAUUGACAGAACACUUAUUCUCCCACCUUGGGUUGAAUAUAACUUUCCCAAACCAACAUCAGACCAAAUACCCUUUGACACAUAUUUCCGAGUUGAUGCUGUGCAAAAAUAUCACAGAUCAGUCACCAUGGAAAAGUUUAUGAAAGAUUUAGCACCAAAAGUCUGGCCAAAAGGGAACAGGACAGUGUUUUGUUAUGGUCCAUCUUACACUGGAGAGCCUGGCUGUGAUGCCAAACAUGGAAAUCCCUUUGGACCUUUCUGGGACACAUUUAACAUAGAUUUUGAUGCUUCCGAAUUCUAUGAACCUCUGUCUUUUGAUACGGCUAACCAUUUUGAAGUGAAGCGGUGGAAUGAGAGAUACCCUCCAGAGCGUUUUCCAGUGUUAGCAUUCAAAGGGGCACCAGCUCAUUUUCCUGUAGAGCAGAGAAAUCUCAAACUACAGCAGUAUGUUGUGUGGUCAGACAACAUAGAGAAGAAAGCUAAAGAUCUCAUUUCCAGCAAACUCAGCAAUGAUAAAUACAUAGGCAUUCACCUGAGACUUGGCUCAGACUUUUCCAAUGCCUGUAAACACAUAGACUCUGGUUCGGCAUUAUUUGCCUCCCCUCAGUGUAUUGGUUACAGAGGGGAGAAGGGAAAACUGACCGCAGAAAUGUGCUACCCCUCGGAUGACACAAUCAUCAAGCAAGUGAAGAGCGCAGUGAAAGUGAAAGGAGUCAACAAUGUGUUUAUUGCCACAGACAGCAGAGAUCUCAUUUCCAAACUGAAAAAGGCUAUGCCAAAGGUCAAUUUUGCCAAGCAAGAUGGAAAGAGUCCACAUAUAGAUUUGGCAGUGUUAGGAAAAUCUGACCAUUUUAUUGGCUGUUGUGUAUCCACAUUCUCUGCAUUUGUUAAACGAGAGAGGGAUGUUGCAGGGAAGUCAAGUGAAUUCUGGGCAUUCAAGCUGCCCAAACGUGACGAAUUAUAACAUCAAAGUUUAUAGCAUUUAUUAUAGAAUUUUUUAUUGCAUAUUGCUUUGUGUUGGGUCUUUGCCAUAUUUAUUAUCCAUGUAAUUGGUGCCAUUUACAUAUUUCCAACAAAGCUUUUUUU